UCGUGAAACAACGCGAUGCAAAAAGCGACCUACUACGACAGCUCGGCGAUCUACGGUGGCUACCCUUACCAGGCAGCCAACGGGUUCGGUUAUAAUGCCAGUCAGCAGCCGUACCCGGCGUCCGCAGCACUGGGCGCCGAUGGCGAGUACCACAGACCCGCGUGUUCGCUCCAGUCGCCCUCAAAUGCCGGGGGCCACCCCAAGGCGCACGAGCUGAGCGAGGCGUGUCUGCGCACCCUGAGCGGUCCGCCCAGCCAGCCCCCGGGCCUAGGCGAGACGCCCCUGGCCCCGCCGCCGCCCCAGGCCGCGCCCCCUGCCCCACCACAGACGCAACCCCCGCCGCAGCCCCCUGCGCCUGCCCCUACCGCGCCCCCGCCCCCCUCGUCAGUCUCCCCCCCUCAGAAUGGCAGCAGCAACCCCACCCCCGCCAGCGCAGCCAAGAGCCCCCUACUCAACUCGCCCACCGUGGCCAAACAAAUCUUCCCCUGGAUGAAAGAGUCUCGGCAAAACACAAAGCAGAAAACCAGCGGCUCCAGCUCAGGGGAGAGCUGCGCAGGUGACAAGAGCCCACCUGGGCAGGCGUCGUCCAAGAGGGCGCGCACAGCCUACACGAGCGCUCAGCUGGUGGAGCUAGAGAAGGAAUUUCACUUCAACCGCUACCUGUGCCGGCCGCGCCGGGUGGAGAUGGCCAACCUGCUGAACCUCACCGAGCGCCAGAUCAAGAUCUGGUUCCAGAAUCGCCGCAUGAAGUACAAGAAGGAUCAGAAGGGCAAGGGCAUGCUGACAUCAUCAGGGGGCCAGUCCCCAAGUCGCAGUCCCGUGCCGCCCGGCGCUGGCGGUUAUCUUAACUCUAUGCAUUCGCUGGUUAACAGCGUCCCGUACGAGCCCCAGUCGCCCCCGCCUUUCUCCAAGCCCCCCCAGGGCGCCUACGGGCUGCCCCCCGCCUCCUAUCCCGCACCCCUGCCCAGCUGCGCGCCCCCGCAGAAGCGCUACACCGCGACGGGGGCGGGCGCGGGCGGCACACCCGACUAUGAUCCGCACGCGCAUGGCCUGCAGGGCAAUGGCAGCUAUGGGACUCCACACUUACAGGGAAGCCCCGUCUUCGUUGGGGGCAGCUAUGUGGAGCCCAUGAGCAACUCUGGCCCGCCCCUCUUUGGCCUAACUCACCUCCCCCACGCCGCCUCGGCUGCCAUGGACUACGGGGGCGCUGGGCCGCUGGGCAGUGGCCACCAUCAUGGGCCCGGGCCAGGGGAGCCGCACCCCACCUACACGGACCUUACCGCCCACCAUCCUUCUCAGGGAAGAAUUCAGGAAGCCCCCAAGCUCACCCAUCUGUGAUGGUGGGCUCGGGGCUGCGCGCCAGGAGAGUCCCCACCCUAUCCCCCCCCCACCUACCUUUCUUUUUCGUUUGCUUUUUUUUGUUUUGUUUGUUUAAGGUUCUUCCCGCCCCUCCCUUUUCUCUCUCCUCCGCCCCCCAUUCUCCCCCCCCCCGCUUUGUUUUCUUUGGUAACACGUUUUUAUAGUUUAUGUGACGUAGCAAUCUUGGUUGCUGGAAUGGCUGUCAGUAUCAGUAGCGAUAUUUAUCUCUUACCGCCCCUCGCUCGGCCGCUGGCCCUGCACCCUUUACCUUCUCUACUCUUUGAUCAGAAACAGGGUAUAUGAACAAAUUUUCUAGCCAAGUUCUUUGAUGUGAAUUUGUUCGUACAUUAUGGCUCCCGAGGGGAAGCGAUUACUUUUUUUUUUUUAGAUUUUAGUAUUUUUUUUAAUUGCACUUCUUGUAAAGAGCGAGAAAAAAAUCAAAGGCGCUUUGAAACAGGGGCUCCCUGUGCAAGGAUGACUAAGUGUACGUCUUUCCGUGUGUGUAUGCUGGUGAACAGUCAGAUUUAUUUAUAUUUUUUUUGCAAGCAUUGAAUAAGUUUUAAAUAUUAUUUAUCCCCAUCCGUUCGUAUUUAUAUUAAAGAAAUUCUGUACCCUGAUUGUUCAGAAGGUUUCUUGGGCCUUUUGUUCAAUGGUGUAUUGGCGUACAUAGAAAAAAAUUUUAUUCGAAAGGGAAAUAGAAUUCCUUUAUAAAAACAGUAAUGAUGCAAUAAUACCAGAGAGGAUCCAGCUUCAGAAAACAGUGAUUUAGGUUUGUAACAUCAAGCGAAACUGAAAAAAAAAUCUGUAAACGCGAAAAACGCUAGGUUUGUUUUGAGACUUCUACAUUCCUUGCUGCUCACAUUCUGAGAAACAAAACAAAAAAUAAAUAAAGUUUCUAUUCUGAAUAAUAUCCGUGUUCACAAGGGAUUCUUUGGCCGAAGAUAAGGGUCUGCGUGGAGUCCAGGCAGAGGCGAACUGGCGGAGCAGGCCGCGGCAGCCCUCCAGCUCCGGCUUGAGGCCUGGCCAGGCGGCUCGCCCGGGAGCGCGGCGAAUUCUCGGGAAGGCAGCCGGAGCUUCUCGCGGCGGCAGUUCUGGAAGCGCUGAGUUGCCUGCCCGCUGGGCUGCCCGGUUCCCAGCUGCCACGGAGGCCGGCCACGGGCGCAGGGGCUGCGGAGUGCUGAGUGCGGGAGGAACAAAGGCAGCCCGGCUGAGGCGCGGCGGGGGGCGCACAGGUGCCCGGGCAGCCCCGCCGGGGGAUAAGGUAGGGCUGUCUUCUGCUCCAC